GCCUAGUCGACAGUCUGUGCGCAACCGCCAGCCUCAUGGCGGUUGCUUCCCUCCAGCUGUAUGGCGCAGAUUGGGUCCGUGCACUGCGAUCCUUCACACGCCGGAAAGGUCUACUUUGGUUGCUGCUGGCCGCUUGUGACCACUGCUCUGUUGAUCGACUUUGGAGUGCUGACAGUGAUCGUCCCUACGCGCCACUUCUGGUGGCACCGCUCCGUGGCGGCACUGCUCUGCGGCUCCACGCGGGUGAACCUCUGGCGACUCCUGGGCCGGCGCCAGAGGUACCGAGUUGAGAUCCGCGAGCACUGCAAGAAGCAUGAGGAGUAUGCCAUUUGGUGGCCUGAAGAGCGCAAGAUGGCGAGCCGCUUGUGGAUUCUUGUUCCAGGCGGGAUGAGCGACGGUGACUCGAUUGCUGGCUACAUUGACGAGUUCUUGCAAUGCAAAGUCAUUGGCGACGACGAGGACUGGUGCAUCUUCCACAACGCCGGCACAGGCGGAGCUACGUGGCAGCGGGGGACCUUCACCGGCUUGUCGGAUCCGACAUUUUUGCUGGAUUUCCUACAAAGUCUCCACGCAUUCAACUCGAAGCAGCCGUGUCAAUACAGCGAGAUCAUCACCCUCGGCUUCUCGGUGGGGGGAAUGCUGAGCCUAGCGGCGGCGGACAAGCUGCUGAAACCCAUGAGCCAGGUGACUGAGCACGGCAACACUCCAGACCACAAUGGCAAUGCCGACUACCAAAGUUUGUGUCGACUGCGCUUCAUUUCGGUGCACUCGCCUGACUGCAUACGAACCACAUUCGAGACCAUGACGCAGUGGGCUCUUUGCGCCAGAAUCGACAUCGCCUUGGCCCUCCACUUCUGGGCGGUGAACCUUCGCAGCGGCCUGCUGUUCAGAUGCCCGAAAGGGCCGUGGUUUCCCUGGCCGCCUACCUGGUCAUACAUCCGGCGCUUCACUGAAGCGGCCUGGGCACAAAACGAGGUGAUGAUGCAGCGGGCGGCUGGAAAGCAGGUGGAGCUGGAAGAGGUGGCAGCGCCCUUUGAGAGCUUCGAAGAUGCCUUUGCCAUGCGUUUGCGGAAGCUUCUGCCGGCCGGGGAAGUGCUUCGGAUCCAGAAUCCCGAGGACCCCGUGGUAGACAGGACCACCCUCGACGCUAAAGGCCUGCAAUGCUGCGAUGUUUGGUGGGUCCGUGGCGGCGGACAUGUCAUGUGCUUCGGCGCCUGCCCAGAAUUACCAGGGCGCCUCAGGAGAUGGGUCGACUACAAGCCCUCGGAGAAUGCCUAAUGAGGAGUUUUUAGUCGUGCCCUUCUCUCCUCCUUUUUUGUUGGGGAGGCUUCCCCUACUAAAAUAGACU